AUGGCUUACAUGGACGUCCCCGCAAUAGCUUCCGAGAUACGUCGGCUGCACUCGCGCAGUAACGAAGGCGAGGUCAAUGGAAUCUGGAACUCAAUCUUAAACUGGGUUUUUGACCCAGUUAAUGGGUUCAUCACCCAGCCCCAGGCAAUGCACACUGGAACCGGAGGAGCCAGGGGCUUUUCGGAUUUCAACACCCUCGAGGUCGCGGGGGGGACACGCCGUUCCUUCCUCAUUACGCAGUGCAAGUCUGCGGACGGCGAAGGGCAGGAGUCUGUUUGGUCAGAUGGGGCAGGCCGGCCCCUGAGAUAUCUCAGGACGCAGCAUGGAAACCGCCGCGGCCUCCAGCGCCCCGUGUAUGGGAUCCUCGCGAUCGGAAGAAGGGUGCGCUUCUUCCGGUAUUAUCGAGCCACAGACGAUAUCAGGGGUUGGCGCCCGGGCAAUGGCUGGGAGCCACAUCACGGAGGCAGAGAGUUCGAUCUGCUGGAGCAGAAGGCCGCAUGGGUUCAGAGAGCCCUGCAUUGA